CUACCUCUCUACCUACCUUGCAGCCUCUACACCAAUCUGUUCUUCACCAACAACUCACAAUCAUGUCCGACGCCAAGCAACAAAUCAUGGACCAAGUCCGCCAACAAGCAGCCAUGGCGAACGCCCGAGCGCUCGUAGAAAAACUCAACGAACACUGCUUCGAGCGCUGCAUCCCCAAACCCGGAGCCUCUCUCUCCUCGGGCGAAACGAGCUGUUACACCAUGUGCAUGGAAAAAUACAUGACGGCGUGGAGUGCGGUGUCGAAGCAAUAUUUGGGCCAUGUACAGAAACAGGCGGGGCAGGGGAAUCAGUUUGCUGGGAUAUGAGAAGAAAGCUGAGGGAGAAAGAGGUUGAAGUGGGGAAUGAUAGGAUAGGACUGGAAGGGAGUGAAUAAUAGAAGAAUGGGAUGAAGGGAUGAGAUGGUUCGAUGGGAGUGGAAAGGACAAUAGAGAGAGAGGGAGGGAGAAGAAGAAAGAAAGGAGGAGAGAACGGGAUUGCUGUUAAGUAAACACUCUCCCCCUCUCUCUCUCUCUCUCAAAUUCCAUCAUCAUGAGUAGUGAGUGGGAUUGAGAUGAUAAAGGCGUACGUGUUGGGCAUUCCUUUCUACCUGGGGAACCCUCCUCCCAGAAAAGAAAGGGAAGGGAAAUGGAAAUGGAAAGAGGAACGGAAACGGAUCAUGUAUAGAAGAAACACAGCUCUGUCUCAAAAAUGGGUAUAUGCGCCAAAUGAACAAACAA